UUUUGUGGUUUGUGGUUUUAGCUGGACCUAUAGCUCAGAGCAUGGAAAACGCAACAGUACUAUCAACUAUUGCUCCCACUGCUGGAGCAAAUAAAAGUGAUCUACCUGGCUCUGGCAGCAAUGCAGUGCCAGUUAUCGUGGCUACAGUCGUUAUAAUGGUCUCAGUGGUACUACUCGUUGCUGGAAUCAAACUGUGUGGGAGACGCAGAAAAUCAAACUCCUCAAGAAAUGUCUCAACGGGUAAAAAAUUUUGGAGCUUCUGCCAUAAAUCAGUUGAUGUUGACGAAAGUGCUAUAGUACCCGGACCCACGAGAAAAACUUCGCAUAGAGGAUCGAAAGUGGGUAUCCAAGAAAGUGAAAUACAUGUUAACGAAAACACGGAAGCUUCUGCCGAUGAAGUACCCUCAACUAGCACUGAUGAGAUUAUGCAACACCAAACUGUCGAGGUUGAAAUUCACGAAGAUUCAAUUAGCAAUGAUUCUAUUAGACCAUCCGCCACCUCGCUACCUACAUCGUGUAGAACAUCGACUCCACAAGACCCCCUCCCCAGCCCCACACACAAGCCUUUCAGGAUGAUCUUUGCAACCAAUGAUGCAAUCUAUGACAUAGCAUAAAGAAAUCAAUCGUAACGGCAGUAUCAAAACAGACCAAAAUUAUCUACCCUCAGAGGGACAAUAGCUUUCACUAUGAGCGUAAUUAGAAGAACUGUUAUAUAAUAUGUAGACAAUGUUUAUCCUAGAGAAACAAGUACAAUAAUAUUUAUUAUGUCAUUAUUUUAAUUUCAACAUACGUAUAAGUUGUGGUACCAAUUUUGGAAAAGUGAUAGUCUAAACAAGUUUUCCACUCUCACUAUAAAAAUUUACUUGAAUGUACUCAUUUCAGUUCAGUUCUGUGUACGCAUGCACAGCAGCUUGCAACGAUGCAGCAAGCUAUCAUCCUGAUCCUCUCUGCUUGCCUGGGUUGUCUGAAUGGGCAAUUGGUAGCAAAAUCAAAUACAAAGCUCCAGCCCAUUGACACCAUAGUGCUACUGACCAGACCAACCCCCAGCACUGCAACACCAUACGUGUCUACAACCCCUGAACCACCGUAUGUCCCCCCAAAGCCCUACCCCACCGAGGUCUACCCGUAUGACCCCUACGAGCCAUACGACCCCUAUGACCCCUAUCCCUUCUACUUCUGUGAGCUGAAUGAGGACGAAUACGGCCGACCUUACUAUGGCCCCUACGAUGAGUAUCGUCCACCCUAUCAACCCUCCCCCACCUACGCACCUCCUACGCAAUACCCACCAACAGAGCCACCUACCAAAUAUCCCCCUCUCUAUUACGUGCGUCCUCUAACCACCAAAGCCCUGCCACCACCGGAAACAUACGAAGUGGAUGUUGAGGAACUGGCUAAACGAGAGAAGAGGCAAUCUCUGACACUACCAUCCUGUAUCACUAGCCACGAAUGCAGGGAAUCAAAAGAGAAGUGUUACGGAUAUGGGACUAGAUAUGACAAGUGUGGGCGUCGAUGCUCUUGUAGGAAUGGCUACCUCGAGGAUUGCUGUCGUGUGCGUAAAGAGUGGAGAUCAAUGACACAAGUUGAACGUUGUCGAUAUGUCCGAGUGGUCCGAAUUGCAAGCACUCAACAACCGUGGAAAUCCUGUUAUGAUGAGCUCAUUAGAAACCAUCGAGAUAAUUUCGGCACUGGAAUCCAUGGCAUCAAUUUCUUCCUUCCAUGGCAUCGCUGGUACAUACUGGCUUUGGAGAAUUUGCUUCGACAGAUUAAUUGUCAAAUCACUGUUCCCUAUUGGGACUGGAGUCUGGAGCCGCUGACGUGGCAGAAUUCGAUCGUAUGGUCAGCUCAGUGUGGGUUAGGAGGUGAUGGAAUUGCAGCUAACGGGAACGCUGUAGGGACAGGCCCUUUCAGACAAGGUGUGUGGGAGCUCACACCCUCAGCUAAUAACAACAAUGGUGGAGACUUGAGAAGAAACUUCAAUGGACAAGUACCGGAUUGUGCGUCUAUUGCCGAGACUCAAAGGCUGGGAGUGGGUCAAUUCAACGCUUGGCAUCCAUUCAUUAGCAGUACUCUCCACGAUUCAGUCCACUGUAGGAUAGGGGGUACCAUGUGCUCUGUGGAUGCUGCUAAUGCUCCAGAGUUCUUCCUCCAUCACGGCUUCAUUGAUAAACUGUGGACAGACUGGCAGAACAAGGGACCUGCAUUCAAGCAUCAACCGUUCUACAGUAACAAUAAUUCUCCCAUGCCUGGUACAUAUGGACAGAGCCCACGAAGUGUGUACGAUCUGAACAGACAACCAGGCUGUGUCAGAGUGUGCGUGGAACCAUCAUCACGACCGUGCAGACUCAACACAACCUACACACCCGCUUGCUCGACUGCUAUGAACUGCAAUGAGUACUCUCCCAUUAAACUAGCCGGGAUGAUCCCCAGGCCCUACCCUCGGGUCCCAGAGGAUGCCUACGAAUUAUUCAACACACCGUACGAAAUACGAAGGAUCUCUGGCCGCUACCACCAGCUGUACAAUGACUACGAUGAGCUCUACAAAGUGCUAGAGUCGAAUGGUUAUACCAACCAGGACAGUUCGUACAGGCCUAGGUAUGGGGAGGUGCAGUUUGACCGCUACCUGUAUCAGGCCACACCUAACGAUCCGUAUCUCCCCCCACCCCCUGAUGUAUGCAAGCCCUACUUCCCAACUUACUAA